CUCUGGAGUCUAGAGAGUAGAGAGAGGGAGAUGGGGUGAGUGUGAGACUUCGAGAGUUCGACACCGAUGAAAGAGUAACGUCUAGAGAGUGGAGAGAGAAGAAAGCAUGGGGUGCAGAGAGAGGCCAAGAGACAGGCAAUGGUGAAAGCUCCCAGAAAUCUACCUUGCUUUCCUUGUUCCCAUAUUCGCUGCAACGAAUCCCUGUCCUCCAUGACUUCUGCAUGAGCGAUAUCCUCGAUUAUUUUUCAGCAUUUACAGAUUCACCAAAAGCUCAAAAAGGGAGGGUUACCGUUUCAAGAUUUCGGCAUUUAUUAUUGUUCAAGCGAUCCAUCGCAAUUAAUCAAUCCAUCAAUCAUCCAACAACACUUCGAAUUCGAUCGUUAGUUCGCUAUAGAGAAAAAAUGAGUAUGUUAGGGAAGAGGGCGAGGAUAACCUCUGAGAAGGAAGUCCUACGGCUUUACCAGAGAGAGGUCGGCGAGCUAUCGCCACGGGCCUUUACUCACACUGCCGGGGCCUCUGAGAAUCUUGUGCUGCAACUCGAUCUCUACAAAAAGCUGGGAAAGCACAGAGGUUGUGUGAACACUGUCAGUUUUAAUGCUGUAGGUGACAUUCUUGUGUCAGGCUCAGAUGAUCGGAUGAUUAAGCUGUGGGAUUGGGAAGCUGGACUUGUCAAACUUUCUUUCCACUCGGGGCACACUAACAAUGUUUUCCAAGCAAAGAUUAUGCCAUUCACGGAUGAUCGUAACAUUGUCUCAUGUGCUGCUGAUGGGCAGGUAAGGCAUUCUAAGAUCCUUGAAGAUGGAAAGGUGGAGACAGUAAUGGUCGGGAAGCAUCAGGGAAGUGCUCAUAAGUUGUCUAUUGAGCCUGGAAGCCCUCACAUAUUUUACACCUGUGGCGAAGAUGGGUUGGUCCAGCAUUUUGAUCUGAGAACUGGAAUUGCUACUAAGCUCUUCGCAUGCAAAUCUUUCCGUGAUAAAUCAAGAUACGGCAUUGUUCGUCUAAACACAAUCACAAUAGAUCCAAGAAAUCCAAAUUUCUUUGCUGUUGGGGGCUCUGAUGAAUAUGCUAGGCUUUAUGACAUCCGCAGAUACAAGUGGGAUGGAUGUACUGAUUUUGGUCAACCUGUGAAUUCCUUCUGCCCCUCACAUCUGAUCGGUGAUAUGGAGGCGGAAAUAACAGGCUUAUCCUUCUCAUAUCAGAGUGAGCUUCUUGUGUCUUACAAGGAUGAGCAGAUCUAUCUUUUCACGAGGGAUAUGGGACUGGGACCCAAUCCAAUUGAAUCAUCAUUAUCAUCAUCUUCUGGGGAUUGUGAAGCCACUAGAACAGAAUCUGAUCCAGUCUCCAUAUCAUCUGCAUCUACCCAGUAUUCUGAUAAGAGAUCUAUGCCCCAAGUUUAUACUGGGCAUAUGAAUGGCGAAACGGUGAAGGGUGUUGGUUUCUUUGGCCCCAAAUGUGAGUAUGUGGUGAGUGGAUCAGACUGUGGUCGUAUCUUUAUUUGGAACAAGAAAGGUGGGCAAGUUAUGCGUGCAAUGGAAGCAGACAAGCAUGUCGUUAACUGUAUUGAUCCACACCCUCAUGCCACCUUUCUCGCUAGUAGUGGCAUUGAGAAUGAUGUCAAAAUAUGGAUUCCCAAGGCCUCUGAGAAAGCUUCCCUGCCGGUGAACCUUGAACAGUUGAAACAUCAGAGAAGGCACUUGCUGUAUAGGAUAUCAUAUCCCAAGGAGCUGAUGUUUCAGAUCUUAUCAUUGCAAAGUCUCAGAUCAAGUCCAAAUUCUGUUGAAGAGGAUAGUGAGCCAAGCAGGGAAUUGCUAGACCUUGUAAUGUCAUUUAAUAGCAACCGUGACAGCUCCUCAGAUGAUAAUGAUGACACUGAAGAUUCCUCCAAUGAUGCCGGCAAUGGAGACUGUAGUUAACUGAUGUUUUGGGUUUAAUUAUUGGUGGAAGAACGAUGGAUAUUGUACAUAAUCCCGGGAAGGGAAAGGAAUAAAUUCAAUCUUUAGUACUUGGCUGUGAGCUCUGUUAUAAUUUUAUAGUUAUUUGUUUAUUAUCA